AUGUAUCGCCAGAUUUUGGUAGAUCCUAACCACAGAGAUUAUCAACGCAUAGUAUUUCGCUUUUCUCCUAAGGAUGAGAUAUUGGAUUUGCGCGUUAGGGUCUUAUGUUUUGGGUUGAACUGCGCGCCUUAUCUGGCCCUACGAACUGUUCGCCAAUUAGUAGAAGAUGAAGGGAAGAUGUAUGCGGCAGCUUCCACGGCUUUAUUAGACGAGACCUAUAUUGACGAUAUUUGUACAGGCAGUGAUUCCCUGGAAAAUGCGCUCGAGUUAAAGGACGAAUUGAAUAGUCUGUUAGCCAAGGGAGGUUUUCAAUUGCGGAAGUGGUCUAGUAAUAGCGCUGAAUAUGAGGCAAUUACCCAUCACUUUUUACCCGGUCACGCCCCACACAUGGGAGGUUUAUGGGAGGCUGGGGUCCGGUCCGUAAAAUCUCACCUCAAAAGGGUAAUCGGUGAUCAGAUUUUAAAUUAUGAAGAAUUUUAUACCCUUCUUGUUCAAAUAGAAGCUGUGCUCAAUUCUCGACCUCUCACACCAAUCAGUUCAGAUCCUAAUGAUCUGUCAGUGCUAACUCCCGGGCACUUCUUAACAUUAGAACCCUUUAGUGCCGUUCCUGAUGACGAUUAUGCGAAUGUCAAAAUAAAUCGUUUGAAAAAAUGGCAUCUAAUUCAGCAAAUGAUUCAACAUUUCUGGCGUCGAUGGAAGAAUGAAUAUUUAAAUACUUUGCAACAGAGAAAUAAAUGGUUGAAAUCUUCUAAUAUGCCCAUAGAGGGUUCGCUUGUACUUAUCAAAGAUGACAUUCUUCCUCCCUUGAAGUGGGACCUCGGACGAAUUGUAAAAUUAACUCCCGGUCGAGAUGGCGUUUGCCGUGUGGCUGAUGUUAAAACCAAAUCCGGAAUAAUACAACGACCUCUGAACAAAUUGAGUCCCUUACCACUAGAAACAUGUUCUACCGCUGAUGAUGUCCGCUGAACAAUACAUACUUUGAUUUCAAUUUUUUUUUUCUCGUAGAAUAAUUUCUCAAAUUAAAGCAACUCAUAUUUUUUUUUUUUUUUUUGGGGUUAAGGUUCAUUAUAUUCCCCUUGGGGGGGGAGUAUGUUCCGUAACCGCGGAAUUCUUAAUUUAAAAUUUGGCUUUAGAGACCUUUCACAGUUGUUUUGUUUCUUUUUCGAGUUUCAUUUUUGUUGUUUUUCACUUUUCUGCUGGCCAACGUCUUGCGCCGGAGUGAAGCGUGCACGUAUAUGCGCGGUGCUCGCCUGUGACGUUUUUUUGAAAAGACGAAAUUGAACGGUCGAACAGAUGUCCUAAUUAAUUAUUAAUCGCUGUGUUCCGCAUGAUACGCAAUUUUCCGAAAGUGGAUAAAAUACGUGAGAAAAUCACAAAUAUUUCGCUGUGAACGCUAAAUAUCUAUAGUUUUCGAUAGAUUGAAACGCGCAGAAGGUGUUUGUGCGGUUUUGGGUGUUCUUCAAGAGUUAGCUGCGGAUGCAGAUAAGAAGGGCCCUUCCAGACUCCAUCAUCUCAAUCCAUAAG